CAGCAUUGCAGAGAAAAUUUCUGGGGUGUUUAUUCUUGAGAGGGGUGGAGGUAGAAGUGUGUAGCAGAAGUGCCAGUUGAUCGUUUCAUCCCUUUGGAACUACUUACCGCCUUAUUUUCACAAGGGAAAAGUGUUUUUUGGUUUAGGUGUUUUUUGUUUGUGGUUUUUUUUGUUUUGUUUUUUUUUUUUUUUAAGCCAACAAUGAACAUCCACAUUGCAAAUAAAAGAUGCUCUUAGCUAAUCUGAAGGGGCAUUUGGCUGCCUCACAAAAACACUGUGUAUUUUGGCAAAGUUAGGAGCUUUGGCUUGGGAAGAUCCAUGUUUGGAAUAACAGGGUGUGUUGCAAGUCAAAAUUCAGGUAUCUUGGCAGAGAUGUGUGCUUAAUCUGGCACGAUGCCUUUCUGCACUGAGCCUAGCUGUAGCAAGUGCUAAAGUCCCUUGUGAACAAUAUAUGAAUCUCAUUUUGGAAAAAAAAAAAAAAAAGAGGAGGAGGGGAGAGGGAGCCAGGAUUAAUUUUAACAUUUUGUGGAUAUAAAAAACAAGUAUCAAGAAGCAAAACAUUUCCAUGAAGCAUUCGCUGUGAAAAUUCUGCAACUUCUUGUUGCAAACCUCUUUAUCGCUUGGAUUGGCUGAUUUCCAGAGCAUCAAGGCUGGGAAUUGAGGGACUGAAAUAUAAUCAGUGGUGAUACAUUUUAACCACAUAAAACAUUCCCUGCUUCCAAAGCCUCCGGUGUCUCUAGUAAGCAGUGCAACAGCAACAGCUCCUUGCUGCUGGACUCCAGAGACAGGCAAGAUAUUGGAUCAGAAUGUCCCAGCAAAGAUGCAUUGUGAUCUUUGCACUGGUAUGCUGCUUUGCAAUUCUGGUUGCACUGAUAUUUUCGGCAGUGGAUAUUAUGGGAGAAGAUGAGGAUGGACUCUCAGAAAAGAACUGUCAAAAUAACUGUCGGGUUGCUCUUGUGGAAAAUAUUCCUGAAGGGAUCAACUAUUCAGACAGUGCACCAUCCCAUUUGUCUCUUUUCCAAGGCUGGAUGAAUUUGCUUAAUAUGGCUGAAAAGUCUGUUGACAUAGUAUCUUCCCAGUGGGACCUCAAUCACAGUCAUCCAUCAGCAUGCCAGGGUCAGCGUCUUUUUGAAAAAUUGCUUGAACUGGCAUCCCGAAAUAUUGAGAUAAAACUAGUGAGUGAUAUACUGCCCGUGGAAUCAAAGGUAUUAAACGACUUGAAAACAAAGGGUGCUGAAGUGUUGUAUAUGAACAUGUCAGCAUAUAAUGAAGGUCGGCUUCAAUCAUCUUUCUGGAUUGUUGAUAAACAGCACGUGUACAUUGGAAGUGCCAGCCUAGACUGGAGAUCACUGGGACAGAUGAAGGAACUUGGCGUCAUCGUAUACAACUGUAGCUGCCUGGUCCUGGACUUACAAAGGAUAUUUGCCCUCUAUAGCUCAUUAAGAUACAAGAACAAAAUACCUCCAAGUUGGUCUAAGAGGCUAUAUGGAGUAUACGAUACUCAAAAUAAACUGACACUGCAGCUGAACGAGACAAAAUCAGAAGCUUUCGUGUCGAAUUCACCCAAACUCUUCUGCCCUAAGGACAGAGUCCUGGAUAUUGAAGCUAUAUACAGUGUUAUCGAUGAUGCGAAACAGUUUGUAUACAUAGCUGUCAUGGACUACUUGCCGAUCGUCAUUGACACCAAUGCUAAACGGUACUGGCCAUAUUUAGAUGGGAAGAUAAGAGAAGCGUUAGUUUUACGAAGUAUUAAAGUACGACUUCUCAUAAGUUUCUCAAGAGACACAGAUCCCCUUACUUUUAACUUUGUUUCGUCUCUGAAAGCUAUUUGCACUGAAGUUCCAAGCUGUAGUUUGAAAGUUAAAUUCUUCGACCUUGAGGAAGAGAGUGCAUGCUUUCUUAAAGAACAGAAGAACGCUUCCCUUCCCAAAUUAAAUCGUAAUAAAUAUAUGGUGACUGAUGGAGCUGCAUACAUUGGUAAUUUUGAUUGGGUAGGAAAUGCUUUUACGCAGAAUGCUGGAGCUGGCCUUGUUAUCAACCAAGCAGACGCGGGGAACAGCACAAGCAUCAUUAAGCAACUCAAGGCUGUUUUUGAAAGGGACUGGUAUUCACAUUAUGCCAAAAGUUUACAACCAACAAAAAUCCCAAACUGCUUUAAUCACAAACUUAAUAAAGCAACAGCAAAUAAGACUGCCAUGAGCAGUGUGAAUUAGAAAGACUAUUUUACUGUUUAGUAUGGCAAUGAAGAAUUACAUCGGGGUGUAGCCCUCUUUCAUAUUUACAGACAAAAAAAGAAAAAGCAAAAAAAAGUUUGGGUUGGGGGGGGUGUUUCUAGGAAAAAGCACACUUAUAUAAGAACUGUCUAAACUAUAUUCUCUAUAUUGAAUUAUUUAAGACUUUCAAAUUUGUUACUUCUGACACUGGAUGUCAUUUCUGCUUCCAUGUUAAUUUUAAUGUUCCACAUUUGAAUUCAACAGCAUGUGUCAAUUUUUCUGUUUCAGUUUUAGGAUUUUCCCUAAUUGCCAUCCUGGCUAGAACGAACCUUGAGGCAAAACCAAGAUUCAAGCUAUGAAAUGGCAUUCUAAGAUCAGUUAUUAUUGACAUAUGAAUAGAUAGUAGAGGUUUACUGUAGAAAACAAAGGAAUAAUCAAAUUUUCAUCUGUAUAAAUGACUCCCUUUCAAUAAACACCCAGUCAUGCAACCACAUCCUAGUUUUCAGGAUUUAGUUUGAGUAUUGCUCUUCCAUGUCUUCUAACUAGCCUUAAAAUACAUUAGAGUUACAUGACUGGUAAUUCAUUCAUCUCCUAGAAGUAUGAGAAGGCUUUGAGGGAUUGAGGUUGGUGUAAUCAAAUUUGACAUAAUCCCUAAAGCCUCUCAGAUAAAUGGAUUUUUUUAAAAUCAAAGUAAUGUGGAUUCCUUUCAAUAUAAUAGUUAUUUCUAAUUAUACAUUUCAUCUAAUAAUGAAAAUCUCUGGAUUAAUAGCAAAGACCUAGGACUGUUUUGGUUUGGUUUUUCGUUGGGGUUUUUUGGGGGGGGUAAUCUCAAGAAUAUUAUUUCUUCCCCCAGCUUAAAUAUUUAUCAAGUGUUGAGUCAUCAAUUGCACAAUGACUCAUUAUCAAGCCAAUGCAUAUCUAAAAAUCAAACAGUGCUUUUUAGGAAGGUCAAGGGUUAUGCAAAGUCAUGUAGUAAUUAAUUGUUAUUAAAUAAUCAUAUAGCAAUCUUGUUUGAUUUUACACCUGGAUGUUUCUUUCCUAACUUUAUUUAAAAAAAAAAAAAAGACAACAAACCCAACACAAUUGUGAAAUGGCGUUUUUUGUUAAAAUGUCACCCAUAUAGGUGAAUACAUCAGCACAAACAGAAAUGUGAUGCCUUCAUUUAGGCCACAGUUUCAGCUGGUGUUAAUAGCGUGCCUCUACAAACACAACUCAGUUGCACCAAGAAGCAACUGCUCUGUAAGAGUGUGAAUUUGCUCUUUAAAAAAAUACAUAAAAAUGACAACAGAUUUUUUUUUUCCAGUCAGAGCUGCAAUAGCUUAGUUUUGCAAUAAAAAUGGUUCAUUACUAUCCCUCUGCCUCUGUUGAAGAAAUAUGGCCAUGAAAGCAAACUGCAUUCUACAUUUUGUUCAUUAUUCACAGGACUUUUCCCAAAAUGCAGACUUUUCUCACCUGGCUAUAUGUUACUGAAGGCACACUUCAAAAGCAGUGGGCAAAAAGAGAGUGAAAACCAACCAUAUCCCAAUGUACCAUUUUAAUCUUAAGAACAAGUUAAAAACCCACCUUGACUUUCAAAACACAGGUUUCAUUUACAAGGUUAAAAAAAAAAGUUCAAAUUUAUUUUAAAGUAAGCACAGCUUAGGAAAUUCUAAUAAGGUAACAUACGCACAACUUGAAAUUGCCAGCUAGAGACACACCAGAAAACUCAUUAUGACCACAAAAGGCACACUCUUGACAAAGACCGUUUUGUUUCUUUUGCAAUUGCCAAGAUUUACAUCAUCUUACUGAAAAUAAUGACACAACAAAAAAAUUUUCCAAGUUGUCUUUUGCAGAAAAUACUCUACACAGCUCUAACGCUCAGUAACAUUCUCUAAUAUUCAGAUAAAUACAUGCCAUUUAUUCGCCUCCCCACACACAUAGAAAAGCAUAUAUUCUGACAUUGAUACAAGACACAUGUAUCUAAAAAGAAAAAAGUUUCCUGAGUUGCUAUGAAGGAAAGAUCUUUGUGAAAAGAAGUUUCUUCCUUCUGUAUGUAAUUUAGAAUAUGUAUGGCAAGUAUGGGAGAGAGAUUCCCAGCACUUGAUUUACUUGUUGGGGUUUUUUUGUUUUGUUUAAGAAAUAAGUAUUAGUCCAGAUUAAUUUCUGGUGUAAGUUUCAGCUGAGUUGUACCACCAAUGAAUUUAGUCUUAUGAGUGACAGCUAUAAUAACCCAAAACAAACAAACAAUCAAAGAACCCACCACAUUUUUAAAAGCCAGUUAGGAUAUUUCUAAAGAUUCUGCGGUCCCCAUGGACGGGUGAUCUUAAAGCCUGAGAUGAACUCCAUACCAAGUCCUUACAUCAGAUAGAAAAAAAACCCAAGGAAACAAAAAAACCCCACUGUCCAGUGUUGUUAAUUGUAGCACCUGUUGGCAAUAAUAUACAAGAAUGAAUGAAUGUAAUUUUUUUCCCUCUUGCAUUGUGGAUACUAGAAAUGUGUGAAGUUUUAAAAAUGACAUCUUGUACAAACAAUGGAGAAUCUGAGUGGAACAGUAAUUUGUCAGAUGAUAAAGCUAAGAUGUCUGUUUACAAGCAGGAUUUAGUCAUGAGAUCAGGCUGUGGAGGUACCACUGACCUUCUGGUUAGUAUACCAAAUGAAUGAUUCAGCUGUAGCAGUUUUACCGGACAGAUCCCAGGGAAAUGCAAUCAUGAAUAUUAACCAUAUCCACUAGUUUACAAAUGCAUUCUUACUGGCUUGAUAAACAAAUUCUGGUGCUUCAAUGACCGCCCCCCUCCCCUGCCAAUGAACUGAUAGGUAAAGUACAUUUUAAAAGUGGCAGUAUGUUCUGGUUUUAUGAAUGGAAGAGUUUGGGGUUUUUUUGAACAACUUUUAAUGCAAAAUAGCGGUCAGCCAUCCUACAAACAGACAGAUUCAAGUUUCAUUUGGUAAAAAGUAUGGAUUAAUAUUUUAAUAACUGUUUAGAAUGGCUGCAGCUCCAAAGCAGCACAGGCGGCUUUGGUCUGUUACAUUAGCCAAAAGACAAAGUGCAUCCUUGGACUUCAGCAAGCAGGAAAUUAAAAAUAUCAGAUUAGUUUUUGAAGUUGUUUAAGGGGAUUAUAGCCAAUUAUUUGUUUGGGGUUAGCACUGUUACUGUUUAACUCGAUUUGCCACAGCAGUCUCGACUCUGGCUUCAGAUCCUUCUACCACUAUAAAUAAAGCUGGGGCAAAUCCGUUACAGUGAUUUCACAUUUUUUUAGCACGGAUCAGAAUCCAGACUGGCUUCCUCUUGCUUUAGCUCUCCUGAGUACCACCACUGCAAAGGUGAUUUCCAAACUUAAUAGGGAUUUGCAUUCAGUGGUUUCUCAUAGAUCUCACAAAUCCAAAAGAUGCACUUUCUCUAAAGCCCCGUCUAACUGGCAUUGGUAACUCUGUCAUAGUAAAGGCAACUUCCUAAACAGAACAGCUUUAUUCUUAAAGAAUAUAGACUGCAAUUGUUGUUUGCUGCAAACAUUUACUAGUGCCUUAGUCAUAAAAGCUUUUGUUUAACUGUUCCUCAUGUAAAAGUCCUGCUACAGAUCUUUUUAUCUAGUACCAAGGCAUACAGCAAACUUCCUAAGUAAGACUAGAUAUUGUGAUGUUUACAGGUUAGUACCUAAAACUAGAGUCACAAAAAGACAAAAAUUGAAUGCAAGAUGUUGGCUCAAACCACAAGGACACCUAAACUUGAGCAUUUUUAUUCCAGCCCAAUUCUAGAACUCAAUUUCACAAAUUACUCCUGUCUUCAGUAUCAACUCAUCCACAACACAGUUGAAUUAUUCUGUCCUGCCAAGGUGCAAAAAUAAAUAAAAUCAGAAUUCCCCCAACACCUUGGUGGUAUCAAAACCAUAACCACAGAAAUUCCUGUAAGCACAGGGUGAAGUCCAAAAAUCAUGCAGUGGCUACAUUACAAAUCUUCCUUGUUAAGCCUCAGGUUGCUUUGGGCUGGCUACCACUUUUUUCUGUCUGAAGCAUGAACUGGUAUCCACAACUACUCUCACCUUCUGUUUGAAGACCAGAAAAGCAUGGAUUAUGUGCCACAGCACAAUGGCCACAGCUGUACCCUGACAGGAACAGACUUAAGUUUUUGUCCAAUCUUCAAGCAGCUUCAAACUGAAUUUGAGGCUGUGCUGUACAAAGUUUUACACAAUACAGGGCUAAAUGUUCCUUCCAGUCACUCCAGGCUCUGCGGGUGUUUCAAAGGAAAGCGUGAGAAACAAAUAAAAAAGCCUCAGAAUGCUACUUUAAAGACCUACCCAUUAUUUGCUAUACUACUGGCUACCUAAAUUCUACUGCUUUGUUGAGUUUUACAUACCUAGAAACUGAACAACUAAGACCUGUGUGAACGUUACCUGCCAUUUAAUCCUAAUCUAAGGAAAAAUCCAAAGACUUUAUAGGGGGUUUUUGUGACUUUGGCGUGUACUUACCGAAAAUAGCACAGACUUUCUCAUCAAGCUGGUAAAGACAUCAGCUGGCUAUUCCAGUUCUUCAAACUGAAGUCCUUUAUAAGUAUCUGCAUCUUGAAUAUCAUGUACUUGACUCCUGAGAACGGCCUUACAGAGAGCGCUAAGUUAUCCUAAAACCAUUUAGGACUUCAAAAUUAACUCUUCAUUUUAAUACAAAAAUACUGAUUACAUGUAUAGUAUGUUUCCAGAUGGUAAUUUCUGGCACUGUGUUUUUCUUCCACUCUUAUCCCUCCUCUACAUAUACAUUCACCUUUUUUUUUUUUUUUCAUAACCGUUAAUCCAAUCUAUAUAAAACCACAGAAUGAAUCCUUGGUAUAUUUAAAAUUCACAAUGAUACCCUCCUGAGUUGAAGGCACCAGUAAACAUAUUCUACUUUUAACACUGCAGAGUAUAGUAGCUCAACUGAUACUGUAGAGUGAUUGCUUUUCUUAGCUGUAGUUUUUCACUUUAAUUACUGCUGGAUGUUAUUUAUGAAUUUCUCAGUGUUGAAGCAGGAUGCUCUUGCAUCAUCACUUUGCACAAAUGCCUUAGAAGCUUGCCAAACUAGCAUCUAAAAGAGACCUCGUUCAAAAUAGUUUAGACAAGAAAAGAAGAACUCACAUGCUUGACACUUUGUGGAUGCUGAAGUCAGUAGAUAAACUCCAGUCUUAUAAUACUGUAGAGCUUUCUAUUGCAUCUCUCGUUUAGAGUAGUCCUGCAUGGGCUUCAAAGAAAAAGUCUGUGAGAAUUGCUGUACUGAGUAUUUCAACACAGUAACUUAAAUUGGGUUUUCAGGAAAACACAUUUCUAUUCCAUAUCCAUAUACUACAACUGCAUUAACACAGUAAGGUGUAUUCAAAUUCAGAAUACACAUAGGACAAAAACCAAGCUACUGCAGCCUAUUUCUGAAAACCUUGUUAAAAUUACAUUUUAAGAGCUCAGUUCAAUUCUGGCUGCAAAUUAUUCUGCUGUAGUCAAUGGAGUCAGCUCUAUUUUUUUCACAACAAAUUCUACACUGCAAUUUUACAGGAAGACUCAAUAAAUCUUUUUAAUCCUAUAAAAUGAACAUGAUAAUUUUUCCUUUAAGAAUAGAAAUAAGGUUGAUGGCUGAUUCAGGCUACAGAACAGAACAAAAUAUAAUCAAAUGGCCGACAACUGUAGCAUUCCAGAGGGUUAUUUUGUGCUUCUUCAUGUUGCAUGGCCACAAACAUAAUACAAAUUAUAUGUAUCAUGAUGAUCUUGCGUGAACACAUAGUGGGCAUCGCCUCUCAUAUAUUAAUAUGCAUCCCUCCUGCAACAGCAUAAAAUGUAAUAUGGGUAGAGAGGAAGGGGCAAAAAUAGCUACAGAGGCAAACCAACUUGAAUCAGACUGAGUUAACGGACUGGGUGCUGGCCUGAAAACUCUGGCUAUGGUCUCAUUUUGUUCCUUUCCCUGCAAAAUCCUGUAUUUCUUAUGCAUCCACCUUUCUCUUCUUUACGUGACUGAAAUCCCGUGAUUAUUUUCAGCAUGAGGAGGGAACCUUUAACAGUUACAAACAUGCUUAACAGAAAGAAAUUAGCAUGAAUAAAAGCCCAUCAAUUUCCAUGUAGCAGGUACUGAAAAAUAAAGCAGUAUUUGAAAUAAGACCUCUCCUUGUAUAUUAGAAGUUUAUAGUGCUAUAUAAGCAAGCAAAUUUCACAUCAUAUGCAGCAUUUGCAUAUGUUCUCUCAAUAUACAAAUACAGUCGAGUCAGACACCAUUCUGAACCCCUAAUAAACUGGUGGAAACUAAGCACAAGUAUCAGGCAAUCAGAUUUGACAUUUUAAUAACACUCAAAUGGAAAAAAAAAAAACAACCCACCACCACCCCCCCCAGAAGUCCUAACUAUAUAAAGUGCAUAAAUUACUAAGUUACAUUGGAAAAUAAUUCCAGUUUCUUUGAGGGACUUAAUAGGGAUUAGAAUGGGGAAGGAAUCUUUAUGUUAAAGCUUAAAGGCAUGCACCACUGUAUGUAGCAUUGUCUAAGCAAGACAGCACAGAACAUUUUGACUGACUUGCUAACAAAUGGUUUCAAGUAGAUUUGCUCAAUAUUCAAUUACUCCACUUUAUUCACUAUUUGUAUUUCUUCACAUGACAUUAUGCCUGUAUUCUUGAAUGUUUUUCUUGAAACUUGACAGGAAAGCGGGAUACUUCUGGAAGUGACAGUUGUUUCUUUCUAAAGGUCAGAGGGCUGUUCUCUUAAUCUCACUUGUCCUCUCAACUGUCUCCUGCUUCGUCAGCAACCAGCCCAGGUUUUCACUUGUCAUUGCCUGAGGAGCAAAGAAAAAAUAUUUUUAGUUACCUGCUGGUUCUGAAAACUGCUGGCUGCUCAGCAUGCUUUUGCCCUUUGAGAGAGCCCUCACCUAAUGCAACACUAGAGAAUGCAUAAUAAAGGAGGUCAAACACAUAAUUCCAGGUGCCUCACAUAAUUCUUCACCUGGAGACACACAUAUGGAAUAUCUGGAGGAAGAAGAGUUGGGGUGCAGGGGCAGGCAGGGACAGGAGAAUGUUUGGCAAACUUUAAAUGAGGUAGAGGUUCUUCUGGUGAUACUAAUACCUCUUCUGGUGGCCUCAUUUUAUUCUAGUGUAAACAAUUCUUUACCAUACAACUAAAUUUUAAUGACUGAAAAUGAGCUAACUUUAGCAUAAAAAGGUGAGAAGUGAAACAUCCCAUGUCUUUAGGAAUUUAAUUUCUUCACUUGUAAGGGGGGUGAAAGAGGCAGGUAAAAAUGGAAAAUGCACUGUUUCAUCUUUUCAAGGAAUAGCCUGGGUUGCUACUAGAAAUAGAGCUGAUUAGCUUUCUAAAACAAAGCAAAGAUCCUAUGCAUCCAACUUCCAUUAAUUCUCAAAAGGUGAUGCAUACCUGUGAAAAUUUGGGGCUCACAGCU